CUCGAACCGCUUCAAACGUUUCGUCCGCGAGAAGUUUGAAGAUCUCAGCCGAUCGCAGCUUUCUGGACGAAUAGACAGCGUCUGAAGCAGGGUUUCCUUUCACCAUGCCGGCCACUGUGAGCCGGGUGCGGAUGCCUGCGGACAACAGGUACCACGAGGGAGGGCGACCAAACGGGCACAGACACACCUGGGCGUCGUCCAUGCCCCUGUGGACGUCGUCCGCUACUUGCUGAACGUCUGUGUCGUAUCGGUGUUUUGUUGUCUGUCUUCAGGCUAAGCGUGUCGGAUUCGCUCAAGACAACACCAAUCUGGGUGAGGAGAGGCACGCAGAGGGCGCACGAGGACACCCAAGUGACGUCUUUGCCUCCGUGUGUGUGUGUGUGUGAUGGUAGCAAAUAAUUGGUCACGUCCCGUAUGAGCCGGAAGACCAGAAGAAGGAAGUGGAGGACGAGGCCGCCAUCAGUGAGAAGGCCAAGGGCCUCUUCGCCCUCGCUCGACUCACCGGCAACUCCAGCAGCGUCACACCUGGCGCAUGUCGCAAAAUGCAGACAGCGUACGCAGACAGACGCCACUCUCACACAGAUGCCCGUCCUUUCCAACACGUGUCGUCGUAUCGUGUCCCUGCAGUUGGUCAUUUGGCGCAUCAGUGCCGCAACCUGGUGGCGUUGAAGCAGAGCGGUGCGGAGGAUAAGGCCAAGAAGUCGUCCAGCCCCGCCGAGAGGGUGGCCUCGGAUGACGAGGACGAGGAGGAAGUGGUAAUUAAGAGAGCCGAUUAAUGACCAACCGAUGCACCCACCAGUGUGUGCUGAACUCGUGUGUCUGUGUGUGUCUGUGUGUUGUUGUUGUCUGUUGCGUGCAGGAUGACGUCCGCAGUGAGUCCGGCAGCUCGUCCUCUUCCUCAUCGGACAGCGAGGAGGGUAAGCCACAUCACACAACACACACACGCACUCACGAGAGGAGGCGAUAUCCGGUGUCAACGUGUGUGUUGCUGUGUGUGUGUCUACCUGCCCACCAUCAGAGCGUCGCCGCCGGAAGCGCAAGCGCGAGAAGAAGAAGAAGAAGAAGAAGCACAAGAAGUCGCGGAGCAAGGAGAAGCACAGGUCCAAGAAGCGGCGAUGCAGGGACGACUCGGGCUAGCCAGCCUAUCGGAUACCUCACUCAGGGGGUGUGGGAGUGGGGGUGUAGACAGACGGAACGGGAGAGACGGGCGGUGUAUUUUUGCGCUCGUGCAGCCGUUGGUGUGUGUGCUGUUGAAUGAAUAAUGAAUGGAGUGGGAUGGAGUGAUUGCCUCAUCUCAUGGGUGGUGGGCUGGGCUGCCUUGCCUUCCUCGCCUUGCUUUGCUUGCUCUUUGCGUUUGCCUGUGUAUCUGUGUCUGUGUCCGUGUCUGAGCAUGCCUGAUUGACUGUACAGAGACAAAGAGGUGAAUCCCACAUGUGUGUGUGUGCGUGUGCUGCGUGCACCCGCGGCCUGUCGAUACUUCGUGGUGUGUGCCUGAGGGGACUUAUGUAUUUGCCAGAUGCACGUGAGUGGGUGAGCCUCGAAAGCAGUAAUGUCGUC